GCCUAAUCAAAGUAGUACAAAUAGGAGAGAUGCAGCUGUUAAUUAUGUAAAAUUGUCAGUUCACUGAUUUGGACAGUCUCAUAACUGUUUGAAAUUCAUGUAAAAAAAAAAAAAAAUCAAUGAAUGAUGUUGCAACAUUUUUCCGAGUGUCUUUUCUCCAGACAGCGCAGAUGUACUUCCACGCACCUCGUCGUGGCGCUGGGUUGUGUGUGAAGUUCUCGAGCGUGCGCACAUUCACCUCCGCUAACGCACAAAGCGCUUCUGCUCAGGUUACUGUAAAUGAGACCUCCAGUCUUGCUACAAUUACCUGUUUAAUGGACUAAAUAGCCACGAGGACCAGAAGCCAUAAUAUGAAGAAACGCUACAUGGAUAUAGGCAGGCUACGGAAAAUGAAAAAGAUUAAACUCACAGAGAAGAUUUCCGAAAGUGCGUACUCGGUUCUGAAGUUCAUGAUCGUCUGGAUGCUGGUGCUGUUAGCUGACUUUGUCCUGGAGUUCAGACUGGAAUACCUGUGGCCAUGCUGGCUCUUUCUAGGGACCGUCUACACCACAUUUCACUGUCAUGGACUGGCCAUCUGUGUUGUUUUUGUGUGUGCAGCAUUCACCCUGGACCUGUUUUGUUUCAUUUUUGUACCCUUACACUGGCUGUUUUUUGCAGCUAGCACAUAUGUCUUACUCAACUAUAUGUGGCAUACAGAAAAGGGAAUCUGUAUGUCAACUGUGACAUUAUGGAUACUCUUAGUGUAUAUGGAGGCCUCUCUCCGGUUGCGGGACCUGAAAAGCCCUCAUGCAAAUCUGUCCCAUCUAUUUGCUGCACACUGCAUUGGUUAUCCACUAGUGUAUAUGGGAUUUGAUGCAUCAUGCUACUUCUCCAGUAUGUUUAAGCUGCGCAGUCAGAAAUCAGUUCAGAGUGAGAAUGACCUCCACAUGGAUCUCCUGCAACAAUCCCUACCUCCUUACAUGCACCUGUACCCAGAUCCCAAAUAUAAGGUGGCCAAAUCUAGGCCGAUGCAAUACCAGUGUCCAUCCGAAUCCAUCACCUCAGAGGACAAACAAAACAUGGAAGACUGCCUUCAAAUCCACAGACUUCCUGCGAGACCCGAAAGGGACACAAAUCCACAAACUCCAGGACCCAAGCACCGUGGAGGUGAACUUCAUUCGGACUGUACGUCCAUGCUAGAAAUGACUGAAAACCUACCUCAGGAGGAUCAGAGCAGCAAAGCUCAAAGACCCUCCAAGAGCUCCUUGCCUAAAGUGAACCGAGGUUCAGUGAAUAUCCCUAACAGCAAAGGGGAGAAGAGGCAGAAAGCCCCCAAAGCCAUCAACACAACAGGGGACUCUGCUGAAAGGUGCUCGUCAAACAUCCCCCCAAGUCCUCCGAACCCACAUGCUGAGCAGAUGCUGAAGCUGGAACAAGAAAUGAGAAAGCUGAAGGGAGAGCUGCAGGCGAGCAGACAGAGCGAGCAGGAGCUGCGCAGUCACAUUUGUAAUCUGACCAACAGUGAGCACAGUCUGCGCCCUGAAGUCUCUCUGCUCAGACAUGCAAAUGAACUGUUGCAAAACAAGAUUCAGUGUCUCACAAAAUCCAGACAGAAGGACAAACAAAACUGUUCCUUGCUGGAAAAGAAAAUCAGAAUGGAAACAGAGAAUCGAGUUGCAGUAGAAAAACAACUCGCAGAAGUCCGAGCCCAAAAAUUUGAUGAAGCAACAAUUUUACUUCGGAGCGCAUCACACAGGCAAGAACACAGUGAAACUCAAAUGUUGAGGAAAAAAGCUAAAGAUCUAGACUCAGAGUAUAAACAACUACAGCUGGAAUAUCAGGAGAAAGAAAACAGAAUGAUAGCUCUAGAGAAUGAAGUGGAGAUCCUCCAGAGGAACAGAUGCACGGAGCAGGAAGCGGACGCUUUGCUCUCAGCUCUCUCCUCCUUCCAGGACAAGGUUCAUCAUCUAGAGUACAACCUGAGUGCAGAAACCCGUCUCAAGUUAGACCUCUUCUCUGCGCUCGGAGAUGCACGCAGACAGCUGGAGAUAGCGCAAGUUAAAAUCUUGAAACAAGACCACGAGGUCAAAGAAAUGAAACAGAAGCUUGCUGAAGCGAUGGCCGUGGCUCCAGGUAUGUCAUACAUGGCCCCCAGGUCCUCUAUGCCUCAGUACCUCAAGUUGUUCAACUCCGAGCGCUACAUGCUGAAUCCCAGAGCGCUCAUGUAUCAGUGUCUUAAGAAAUAAGACCAGCGAGGACAAAUCAGAUUUUGAAGGAUUGUUUUGACUCAACAUUCCGAACAUGAGGGCAUCUCUGCUUCAAGGUUUGCUCAAAAACUUUGCCUUUUGACAAUGUCAACAGCCAGCCUCUGGUGCGUCUACGGCAGUGUUUACUGAUUUCAGCAGAGACACCGAGG